UAAAAUAAAACUUGGCCCAGCCCAUUUGGCCCAACCCUAAUUAUUUUUCCACCCUUUCUAAUCGUUUGACUCCGCUGCCUUCCCUCUUUGAAGAAGACAAGUCUGUAGAUGCUGGAGAACACAUAGCCACCAUCGGAGAAGACAGAGUCGCUGUCAGAGAAGACAGAUCGACGGAGAUCCGCCAGAGAAGACAAAUCGACGGAGAUUCAUCGGAGAAGAAUACAGAUCGGCGGAGAUCCGUCGCCCACCGGCGAUCGCGCCGCCACGCUCCGCCGCUUUCGCAGCCGCUCCGACCGCUCCUUCAAAGCGCUCCACAACGAAAUUUUUGAAGCGGCACGGAGUCGCUCCGCUCCGACGCGCGGCGAUUGCGGCCGCGACAACCGCUAUUGAAAUUUUUAUAACCCGGACCACCUGGCACCUAAACAAAUCAAGCAGCAAAGCCAAAGAAAUUGAAUUAAGAAACGAAGGAGACAUUUUCUUUGUGUAGUUACUGCCUUUCCUCUCACUCUCCGUUGUCUAACAGAUGAAGAUCUUGGAGGCUAAUGCUGGUGCACUCACGAAUUUUGAGGUCCUUCAUUUCUUACGAGCUAAAGGAGCUUCAAAGGAUCCAACAAGGGUUAUUGCCAAAGUAGCGCAGUCUGAAUACAAGGUUUAUGAUUAUUUGGUUAACACUGCUGCAUCUGCUCAAACAAGAGAGAACAUCAAAGAUUUCUUGACAAGUGUUAAGCAGCAUGACCUGGCAAAAGCUGAGGUUUUGAACAUAUUAAACACUAGGCCAGUUGCUGAAGUUGAAAUAUUCCCAAUGAUAGAGAAUUGUGAGGAGCGUUUUCCAGACGAAGAGGUGAGUGAAAUAGUAGAGCUGGUGAAGAAAACAUUGCCACCACCUCUCAUUAUGAAGCAGGAAGAAACCGCAACACUGAAAAAUGAACAAGGCAAAGAGAUUAGCCAAGACCAAAAUGAAAACGAAGGUGGAGAACAAAUGGACACUAGUUAAGACGCUACUUUUGACUGCAUGCCUAGUUUUUUGUGGGUCAAAUCAAAUCAAUACAAGGUUUGUGUUAUUUAUUCCACAGGCAACUUUUGUGGUGCAUACGCAGCCUUUGCCUUGCUUGUAUGCUAUUUAUUAUAAUAUUUUAUUGAUUGCUUUAUUUUAGUACAAAAAAUAUAACUCUGUUUAGUCC